CAGCUGAAAAUGAGAGGAUUAAACAGGGACGAAAUAGUUCAGAUGAAACAAAGACGGCGAACCUUGAAGAACCGAGGAUACGCUGCUAGCUGUCGGAUCAAGAGGUUGGAGCAGAAGGACGAGCUGGAGUGUGAGAAGGGGAAGGAGUUCGAGGACCUUGACAAGCUCCAGGUGGAGAUGCAAGAUGAGAAUGUACAGCUAAGAGAGGAGGUUGAGGGGCUGCACAGAAAAUUCGAAGCUUUGAAGGCCUUCGCUGUACAGAAGAAGAUAAGAAUACCAGCAGAAUUCGAACAAUUUUGAUUUUAUAGAAUUUUUCUAUGAAAAAUAUUAGUUUAGAAUCUGUUCUAUUUGUAUAUUGAACUACAGAACUAUUGAAAUAGAGAACAAACAAGUCUGAUAA